AUGACGGAUUCGUCCACGGCUUCCGUUGAAAUCUACGACUCGCUACCCUACUACGAUGAUGACCUUGAAAAAUUUCCUCCUCUUAGACAGAUGGUGGAACAAGAAUUCGCGCGACAAUUAAAGCCACCAACCUCUGUUCAUUCACGCCUGCCUCCACCAUAUGAACUUUUUUCGAAGAAUCCAUUGCUCAAAGCAGAACUUGAACGCGUCGAGUCGCAUCAGCCAUUUCCUUCCCUUGACACUCUGCGAUAUCAACUGCCGACACCUUCAUUGCCCGGCACAGACGAUGAAUGGCAAGCGGCGAUACAAAAUACUCGUUCUCAGCUGGAACACCAACGUCUACGGCAAACCAACAUGACUCUACUACAAACAUAUGGGUCGAACGCAUGGCGAACGCAAAACUACCUUCUCGAGAAUACUGCCAAGCAGGUAGAACAGGCGUUGGAGGAGCUGAAGGAGCUGACAGUGGAAGUAAACCGUAGCCGUAAAAAUAACCAGUCUGAAUUGGGCAACCAGCUGACAUCGCUGGAAACUCGGUGGACAGACCUCAUAUCAAAUGUGCUACAGAUAGAGAUGGCCAAUGUUGCGCUGGAUGCUGAGAUAGAUCGACUAAAUAGGAGAGAAGCUGAAUUAGCUGAGAUGACAUGAUAUUUUUCGUACUCUACUUUUAGCAGCUUGUAAUUCUAACAAUGACAAACCCAUUCCCCCGUUGAUUCGGU